ACUCUGCAAGGCCACAGAGUGGAGCUUCUUCACUAUAAGUAAUCAGAUCUCUUCAUUGAAUGAAGGAAUUAAGAAAUCGAAAGCCAAGAAUCCAUCACAGGGAAAGAGCUCAUCUUCUGGUAUUCUCAGCCAGCAGCCGUGUAUAACAAGAAUAUACACUAACAAAAAGAUCCACACUUCCAUGGGCGGCUCCAUAAGCAAGAGAGAGAGGGAAGUCAUUUCAAGUGGAAAAAGAAGAAGAAGGGCGGCCACAAGAGGAGAGAAUGAAGAGAGAGAGGCGAUGGUUUUGGCAUGGAGAAAGGAGAGGAAAAGACUGAAGGAGGAGGUGAAGAGGCUGAGGAAGAAGGUGAAGGAGAAGGAACAAGUUGAAGAGUGGGAAUGCGUGGUGGUGAAGCAGAUGAUCUUGGAGAGAGCACUGAGGGACGAGGCUGUGGAGAGGUGGAAGAAUCUAUACUUAGCUAUCAAGAACCAGCUCGAUGAUCUUAUUCAGACAACUUAUGGAGAAGGGUUGCAAUGGAGACCAGACGAGGAAGGAGUGAAGACAAUAGAAGAACUCAGACAGGAACUGGAGGUAAAGGAAGAAACCAUUGGAGGGCUCAAAGAGAGAGUAGCUUUGAUGGAGAAACAGCAAUAUGGAAAUCAGAGAGAGAUUGAUUUACUGAGACAGAGUUCGAGAAUAAUCAGCAGCCAAGGCAUCAGCAAGAAGGAGGAGUCAUCACCUUCCUCCAGAAACCUGUCGAUGUUCAGAAACACGUGUGUCGAUCGAAAGUAAAUAACGUAUCGUCAUCUCUGAAUCAUACUCAAAGAAAUGCAGUGCAUAUAUAUGUAUAUGUAUUCACGUGUGAAAUAUUCUAGAAUGAAGAAAACUCCGUGAAAAUCCUCAA